AUGUGUCUGUGCUCUCUGGCCUUCACUCCCCUCUUGCUGGUGGUGUCAGGCAUUGUAUGUGAUGUGCAGGAAGUUUGUGUUGGGAAUCCUGGCAUUCCUGGAACACCUGGAUCCCAUGGCCUGCCAGGCAGAGAUGGGAGAGAUGGUAUCAAAGGAGAUCCUGGACCUCCAGGCCCCAUGGGACCUCCUGGAGGAAUGCCAGGGCUUCCUGGGUGUGAUGGACUGACUGGAGCUCCUGGAGUCCCUGGAGAGCGUGGAAACAAAGGACAGCCUGGAGAUAGAGGACCCCCAGGGCUUCCAGCUCAUCUAGACGAGGAGCUCCAAAGCACACUCCACAACUUCAGACAUCAAAUCUUGCAGUCAAAAGGAGUUCUCAGCCUGCAGGAAUCCAUGCUGGCAGUGGGAGAGAAAGUCUUCGCCACCAAUGGACAAUCAGUCAAUUUUGAUGCCAUUAGAGAGUCAUGUGCCAGGGCAGGUGGUCGCAUUGCUGUUCCAAGUAACCCAGAAGAGAAUGCAGCCAUUGCAAGUAUUGUGAAGAAACACAACACUUACACCUACCUGGGUCUGGAUGAAGGUCCCACCCCUGGAGAGUUCUACUACCUGGAUGGUGCUCCUGUGAACUACACCAAUUGGUACUCAGGGGAGCCCAGGGGCCAGGGCAAGGAGAGGUGUGUGGAGAUGUACACAAAUGGGCAGUGGAAUGACAAGAACUGCCUGCAAUACAGACUGACCAUCUGUGAGUUUUGA